GUCCUAGUAUUUUGAAUUUCCCGCUAUAUUGUUUAAAUCUGUUAAUUGCCAGAAACUGUGGAAAGCCCUGAGAGACAGGUACACCAGGGAAAAGAGGGAAAUGGACAUAGCAGGCUCGGGAGCCCCUGAAUCAAGGUGGGGUCUUUUCCCUAAGAUGGCAUUUUAUGAAAAAUAUACGAAACCGAGACAAACAUAUACGAGUACGCCCAGCGCAAAUCCUGCUACUUUGAGUAAAGUAGCGGUAGUGAGGUAUGGAACAAGUGCAUGGAGCGCAAUGAUGUCUCCAAAUGCCCCAAAGUCACAGGAUAAUAAAAUAGAUCCAGAAGAUGAAGCUGUAGAGGAUGAAACAGUUCUUCAACCUGAGGUCAUAGGGAGCCCAAGUGGAGAACCUAACAAAACAUUACAAACUCCAACUGGUUUUAAAAUAAUCAUGCAAACUCAAGACGAGCCGCUAGUAACCCAACAGGCUACAGCAAUUAUCUCGACUGAGCCAUCCAAACUUGAAAACGAUGAUGCAUCUACCCACGAGACCCCCAAUCUCGCCCGCGUCCCUAAGCCCCCACAAACAAAUUCCACUAAAUCAAAUAGUGCGACCCCUGCUACUUCUGCAGCUACAACUUCAAAUGCAAUUGAAGUCAACAUCUCCAAAAAGCUACAACCUCUUCCAGAGGAUAAUUCAUCCCAAGAACCUAUCCCUGAACUAGACUUAAUAUCUAUCGUCAAGAUUUCCGAAAGAAUAGAAUUAAAUUUAGGUAUCCCUUUCACGAUCGAUGUCCAGCCAGACACCAGAUAUACACUUCAGUAUCUUACCCAAUGCGUAAGUUUACAAUAUCCAGACUUAAACGUUAAGUCUUACAACUAUACUCACUUCUUAACCGUCCCCUCCCUCCCAACUUGGCAAAAACUUCCCGUUGGUAAAGAGCUAGACCAAGCUCAAUACACAACAGAUUCCGAGUUCGCCAGAACUAUAGGAUUCAUGCCAUCUAACAGAGCAACUUACAAUUUCCGAAACGCCUUUAAACACUUCCCAUGUGUUCCCGCUUCCCUCCAGUUAACAUCAGGAGCUGAAUACAUUCCUGAAGAAGAUCCAUUUUCUCUUCAUGGCUUUGACCCCGAAGUUAAUGUCACUCCAAACGUUGCAUGGUUUCAACCAUACAACCCAAUCCCGGAGUACAUCAAACUUUGUUGUACAUUAGGAUUCAACAUUGAAUCUUACGACAUCGUAGGCUUUACCCUACCCAUGCCCAACAUCCACAACUCCCUAACUGACAACAAUAGCAACUACAGACCAGGAUUAAUCCCAUUCGAUUACAUCCAGUACGUAGAAGGACAAAUCGAUGAACAAACCGAAAUAAGCGAAAUCGCCUAUUACGAUGAGUUCAAUCAACCUAUUGGUUUUGCCUUCCGCGACAUGUCUCGCGUACUCAUACCAAUCUUCUUCCUCCAUAAUUCAAGUGCUUCCUCCCAGCAGACUUACGGUUUACACGUAACUCCUAACUGUAACCACGACUUAUCGUCCUGGACUUACACCGCCUGGACAAAGAACACCCGACCCCCAAUUGAAAAGAAAUCCAUUUACUUAUGGUCUUCUUAUCGCGUAGUUGAUAAAUCAUCUACCCCUGACUUCAAAGUAUCCUUCUAUGGAUCACUUCGACCACUUUACGGCCUUAGUGUCCCACACUAUAGAACAGGACACCUUCAGUCAUCACACCUCAAUAACCCCUACAGCUGA